AUGGCCGACCCCGCCCCCACCUACGCCCGCGUCGCAUCCAUCACCCACUGGAACACCUUCUUCAGCCACGACGAUGGCCUCUUCCGCCUCCCAUCCACCCAGGGCGCCACCAUAGAGCACCUCGACAUUGACCUGCGCUACGUCGGCGACGACGAGCUCGCCAAGAGCGGCCACCGCUUCCUCAAAAGCGACCAGCCCGUCCACCUUCCCAAGGUCUGCAUUCUCACCCUCCGCGGGGGCGAGUAUGUCCACGACGACGACACCAGAAUGGACGCCCUCGCAGAAGUCUUGCUGGCGAUCAACCCCGUCGAAGUGAGGUGGCUCAACGCCAUGAUCGACCCCACCGAGCAGCUCAGCUUUGCCACCCACCUCGUCCCCCCUGCAGUCAUUGCUGCGGGCGACAAUUGGUCUGCCGCUGGGUCGCUCAGAAAGCUCGUCAUCCAAGGCGGGUUCCCGUGCCCCAACCUGACUGCACCCACCCCCUUCUCCCUCACCCCCUCCGCCACCCCCUGCCCCUCGCCCGGCCCACACCGCACCAGCUUUGGCCUCGAGUCGUUUUCCUCCAUCAAGGGCCCCGCCCACCUGUCUUCCGGUCUUCCCGCGCUUACCACCACCAAGCCCAAGCGCGUCGACGAAGAGCGGCUCAAGGCUCGUGCAGAGAGGAGGAGGCUCGCAGACUAUACCCUCAAGCCAAGGUCAGAGUAUGCUUUCGGCACUUGGUCUGUCCAGGAACUCAAAUGGCGACUUGAUGGCCGAUACACACCCGCGUGUAUCGUCUCCAUCAUUACUCAGUUCCUCAAAGCCGUCAACACCACCUAUCCCUCUGCCAGCCGACGAUUCGACGUCGACCUUCCCGCCGCCGUUGCCUUUACUUCUCUUCCCAGAGAUAUCAUCUCGGAGCUCCAGUCUCUCCCCGAGAAACUCGAACUCGCCGAGGAAGUGCACGAGUGGCUUGCCGAUGUCGGUUUCGGCUCUCUUGGCGACGAGCGACAUGCGCGUCUCUGGUCUGUCGGCGAGUCGGCGCAAGAAGAGCGCAACGCUGCCAGGCUCAAGGCAGAUAUCGUUCUCGCACAGACCCAGAAUGGCGUGUCCAUCGUCUCACUCGACGAGCUUUUGGCCAACAAGUCUGGCUCUGAUGGCGGGCUCGACGUAUCGUCUGCUUUGACAGGCGCAACCGGUACCGACUUUGUCUCUCCUGCCAACUCUAUCGCCUCGCUGCUCCCCCCUCAGAGCGAGGGUGCGUCGACUGAAGACGAGAGCGAGGCCGUCACCCCCGAGCUUCAAGGUAGUCCGGUGAUUGAGCCUACCGUCAGCGAAGUCUCCAAGAAGGUGUCCAGCAUGGGCAUCUCGGAUAGUGAGAGAUCGUUGGAAAACUCUGUGGUGAUCUGA